AUGGCGUCCUGUGAGCUCAAAGGUGAACUUGGUGUUAGAACUCGAAGUGCAGAGCAAGUACAGUUGAAGCUGGAAGGUGCUCCCGCAAGAGCCACGCAGCACUUUCUUUCGCUGACUCCGCUUCCAAGGAACUGCAAGUUCCUGGUGGUCGGCAAGAACAUCUUCCUGGAGGUCCUCAAGGAGUGCCUGGAGAUGAUGAGGUUCUUCAACAUCAACCUGCCUGGCCUUAGCAGGCUGGAGUAUACCAAUGGUGUCCAUCCGUGCGUCUACUUCCAGGAACGGGUUUUCCCACCAGGGUUCGAUUUCAUGAUCGAGGGCAUCGUGUCUGCUGAGCCUGCUGCCUUUUUGAUCAGGAACGGCGCAGUGCAGUUUCAGCGGCACAAGUACGCGAGUGAGAAUUGGGCGUAUGCAUACCGACACACGCCCUUGGCACCUUCCCGCCUACCGGAGCGCUGUUUGGGAGUUUACGGAAAGUUUGACGAAGUUGAGGUUGCACUUGUUCCUUGA